AUGCGUGUGAUGUUUGUGAAGACUCCAAAACAUUUUCAGUCUGCCAGUCAGAGUUGUAGUAACGGCAACAUAUCUGUCAGGGACUCAAUAAAAAUAAUUGAUGUUUUCCCACACAUACGAUUUUGUGUGAUAGCCCACUCUGAUUUCUUACUGGGGAUCCUGGAGAAGAAGGACCAGAGGAAGAGUCCCAUGAGUGGCCUGUCUGGGCGGCUGCGGUCAGGAGGCGUGCGCGUUGUGUGUGGGGGGGUGGCGGAGGAGGAGUGUGUGGAGCCGGAGGCCUGGGGGGCGGACGGGGGAGCCACGGUGGCCAGUGGCUCCAUAGCUCCCAGCCCCUCAGCCUCUGCGCUGCACUACAGUGUUUUCCCCUCGCACGCGCUUGCUAACGGCCUCCGCAGCCAUGACAACCCGCGUCAAAUGUGCAGGCGCAGGAACGACGAGACGACGAACGCAAAUGUGCAGCAGCCGGACCGGUUGGAACGCCGCGCUUACGCCCACCUGGAAAGCGACACUCCCACGCCCCUACAGCAGGUGGAGACACACACAGCACAGCCCCUCAUGCACACAGAGUCGCACACACCAUCCUACACACACGGGGACACUCGCCCUGAGAUGGAGUUGGAAUCCUCCACUGUGCAGCCACAAACACACCGGCAGACGCCCUCACCACUGCUCAAGCCCAUGCCAUCCGCACACGCGUCCCCUCCCACAGUCACGGCCCUUCCUCCCGACCCAACCAAGCCCAACCACACCUCCACCUGCAACACAGGCCACGUGGUCCCCAUCGCUAGCCCAGCCGAGUUAGAGAGGAAGUACACGCUGCGGAGCUCUGGCCGACCCCGCUUCCCCAGCCACCUGCGCAAGUCCAGCCGGCUCCGCCGAGUGUCUGAAAGCACAAAAGACCGACAGGAGGACGAGCCGGAGGAGGAGGAGAGAACCUCCAGAGCUGUGCCCUGUCUCAUCGGCUGUCCCCCUCACAUCAAACGGAAGGGUAGGUUUAGGGGUGCGCGGCGCAUUGUGGUGAAAGUACCUCGAAUCCCUGUGCACCUCAGCCGCCGGCAGAAGAGCUAUAAGAUCUCCUCGCUAGAGGCAGUGUCGUGGGUGGGAGCGGGUAAAGAGGCCAACAUGGGUGUGGGCAGUCAGGGGAAAGAGGGAGAGGGACCUCCUCGAGAGCCCACGGCUCUGCUGCGCAUGAAGAACAACGGGAAGAGUGUCAUGGUGAUGUUCCCCCCUGGAGAGUUACCGGUCAUCUUGAAGCGUCGGCGUGGACGACCACCCAAACAGGCCCUGCCCGGCCAGCCCGACCUGAAGGAGACCCGGGCGGCCGCUGCGGCCAUCGCAGCCGCGGGAGGCAACGCCGACAUGCCCAAGAAACCGCGGCGACGCAGGCGGGUCAAGCUGCCGUCGCCUCAGCCCUGCUACGUGACGGAAACCAACGACACGUACACCGAGUACGCCGACGUCCUGUCCAAGCUGGCCUUCUUAACGCGGCAGCCUCCGCCCACCGGACGCUGCUCCCCGCCGCGAUGUUGGACGCCCACGCAACCCGAGAGUGCCAGCGCCACGCCGCCCAACCCCGCGCUCCCCGCGCUCCUUCAGAGACUCUCUGGGUUCCGGAGAAGGGGAGGAAGGGGCGGCGGGGCGGGUUUGAGGGGAGGAGGUGGAGCUGCGGGCCUCGGAGGCAGCAGCCCCAAAAGCUCCUUCUGUGACUUUUUCGAGACAAUCGGCAAGAAACGAAAGGCUCUGCCUUCUGAACCGGGGGCUCCGCGGAAGCGGGGGAAGGGAGGGGGACCCGGCGGGGCCGGAGGGGUGAACAGGGCCUCGCUUUCGGAAAAAAAACAAGCAGGGGAGGUGGAUCCUAUGGCCCCGCCGGGCGGGAAGCCACCUCGCAAGCGACGCUCACGCAAAAACGGACAGCUCAAAGCUGGCCAGGGGGUGGCCGGCGAUGACUGGGCCAAUGGGAGCAUGGCCUGGGAUGGUAAGACCACACCUGAGAGAGAGUCAGGCGGAAGAUACGGCUCCUUGUCCUGCACUGAGGGGAGGGGGAGCGGGGGGAUGUACGGCAGCCCGGGGGUGCAGAGCAGUGGCGGAGACGAGGCCCAGGGACUGUUUGCGGGGUACUUCCGCUCGCUGCUCGACUCCGACGACUCCUCGGACCUGCUAGACAUGUCCAGCCCCCCUGCCCGCAAGCCCCCCGUGGGAUUCGAGGGAUCGCCCCAGCGAUGGUCCCCUGCGUUCCCCAAGUGCAGCCCUAAAGGACAAAGCACUCCUGCGGAUGGAGGUCUGCCCCAGACUAAAAGCAGUAGCAGCACCCCAGUCAGACCUUCCUAUCCAUAUGGACAAAUAUCCCCAACUACGCCCACCUACUCCAAGUCCUCUACACUCUCCCAGUCCCGCUCCCCGAGUUCCCCGCACCCCUCCACAGGCUAUGCCCCUUUUCCCUCUGGCUAUACCAGCAGCACUGGCGCACACCCUCACAUACCAGCAGGAGCCGUUAGUUCACCCAGCCACACCCAGCAGCGGGCGAGUGACUGCAGCUUCGGUUUUGGGGCAAAGGCUUCGUCGUCUCCCUCUACCCAGUGUCAGAUGGGCUACGCAAACUACCAGCCCGCAGCCAAAUGCAGCUAUGGAGCCUAUAGUCCUGGCCACUCUGCCCUGAUGAGAGGGGAGGGCAAUGGCCCCUCAUCCCCAGGAGGGGGUUACAUGAUGAUGUCCAAAGCCAGCCACCACACCUCCUCCUCUGGCUCUCUGCCUGAGGAGUACAGGCAGUUUGCAGGCCAGUGGGGGUACCGCCAGGCCUGGGGAGGGAGCGAGGGUUUUGUGGGGAGCCAGUACCACAGCUAUGCAGAGUACACUGGUGCCACAACAUCUCCGGAGUCCAAAGACAUCCUGGACAUCUCAAACUACACACCUCAGAAAACCAAGCAAAGAGCAUGCUCAGACACCCUGUCUGAGUCAUCGUCUGACUCCUCACACAUUAGCGGAGGUGGCAGGGGGGCAUACAGACAGAGGGAGGUGCCCGUGGUGGAAGGACAGUCUAGUCUAUCAAGUCUGGAGAAGCUGAUGAUGGACUGGAACGAGAGCUCCACCGGCCCCUCCUACAACUGGAGCCAGAGCAUGCUGUUCCAGGGCGGCUCCAAGCCGGGACGUGGAAGGAGAAAACAAAGCGAGAGUCCGCAGGCUGAGAAGGAGGCCUGUCCUCCAGUGACUCUGCCCCCAGGGUCCCCCGUGAGCCCGUCCUCUCACAGUUCAGGGUCCAAGCGGGUCGGGGUCGGGGGUCGGGGCUCGCGGGGGUCCCGAGGAGGGCGAUACGGGUACUCGCCGUGCCAGAGGGAGCGCUCUACCGCCAAAUCCAAGUUGCCGUCCCAGAAGUCUCCCACGAGGAGUAUGUUCCAGGAGACUCUGGACUACUACAGCGGAGACAGUAGCAGUUUGUCCCCGAUGAGCCACGGCCCUGAGACCUGUGAGUACCCGUCGCCAUACUCAGGCCACAGCUCGACCGCCUCGUCUGACGAGCGCGCCUCUCAGAUCUACCCCACUGACUCCACCUCCCUCUCCCCCAGCCCGUCUGUGCAACUGGAUGUCUUGAAGCCCUACCCCAAACCGGCCCAGGCCCCUCCCGCUCAGCCCUACUGCUCCUCCUCCUCCAGGACAUUUAGCCCCACCCUCUCCCCAACGCCCCGCCUCCUGCCUCAGUGUGGCUCAUCGGUGAGCAAGGAGCAGAUCUCGCAGUACGACUCGCCCAGAUACAGCUCCUCCCCUUGCUGGUACAACCCCCACGCCUACGAGGAUCCCCGAAACGCGUCCAAACGAGACCUGCCCAUGAUGAGCCCUGGUCUGAGAGCUGUGCCCCCUUCUCCUUACCCUGGCCCUUUACAGAGAGGCCCCCCUCACACAGGGGCGUGUGACCCGGAGGAGUAUGGGUACAUGCGAGGGGGCGUGCUGUGCCAGCUGCUUGACCAGUCCAGUGAGGACUGCUUCACCAGCCUUUAG